AUGCAACUCAUUGCUACAUUCCUACUUGUUCUGGCUGCUGCUCUGUCCAACGCUCAGAGUCUGUCUGGAUCCACGGCUCCUCCAAAAGGAUGCGAAGUUUGUAAUACGUUUAUUGGACAAAUGCAGACUUGCAAGACUACUGCUGCUCCUGCUUCUGAAGCUCAAUGGGUCGAUACUGCUACUAAACUAGCUGCUUGCAUCUGUCCCGUCUUUGCAUCUGCCAACUCGGACACUUGUUCCAUCUGCAUUCAAACCACUGAUCCCACUUCUCCUGCUACCAAAUUGUUUUUCAAACUCAAGCAGGAUUGCUUCACUGGUGCCAUGGCUUCAACUGCUGUUGACAUUGCUUCCAUCUUCAAUGUCACCGUCAAUGCAAACAGUAUUCCUGUCAGUCCAUCCUCUACUGCAAACCCACCUGCAAACUCGGGUACAACUGUUCCCAAACAAACUCGUUCUUCUGCCGUGUCCAUAUAUACCGCAACAUUGAGCUCCAUCGUACUGUCUUCGCUGUUUUCUUCUCUUCUCUUUCUUUAG